GAUGAUCUCAUUUGAACUAUUUUUCUCAAAGAAUAAUUUUAAUUUGAGCAUUUAUGUACAUCCAUUAUUUUACAUUCUUUUUAUUAUUUAAACAUUAUUUUAUCAUUUUUGAAAUAAAACUAAUUCAUUCACUUGAAUAAACAAUGAUUAAUUCACUUCUCUUAUAUUCUAUCGAAAUUAUGAUUAUUUCAAUGUAUUUGCUUACAUUAUACCAUUUAUAAUAUUGUGUUAUUGCAUUCAUAAUGCUUGUAAGACCAAGUGUUUAUAAACAAUUACAACAAAAUGAAGAAGGAGAAUCCGAACGAAAAGGACAACCAUCAUCAUUACAACGACAAUACUUCAAUGCACCCCAAUUGGAUUAUUACUAUUACACUUAUUUAUUAAAUAAUCAUCCAGAUGAAAUUAAUAAGCUACCAGGCGAUGUCAGCAUUUCCAUUGAUAAAUAUUCAUCUUCUCCAUUGUUCAUUAGUCAAUUUCGUAAAAUGGCUAAAAGUAAAUUAUCACAUUUAAAUCGUUGUUGUAUACUGAAUACAAAUCGACCAGCUUCAAUACCCGAAGAAGAAGAGGAGGAGUUGGGGGAAGAAGAAGAAGCAGAAGAAUACAUAGAAGAGGAUAAUGAAGCAGAAAAAGACUACUUUAACAGUAAGGAAAAAGAGACACAGAUACAUGUAGAAGAUGGAGUUGGUUCACUGGGACAAUGUUUACAGUACAAUGAAAAUAAUAAUUUUAUAGUUGAAAACUGUCAACAGUUAGUCGAUAAUUAUGCUGAUAAUAAUCUUAUCGAAGAAUUAGAACGAAACGAAGGACUAUAUGAGAAUUAUCAACUAAAAAGAUCAUCCUUUCGUCAUAAUAUUAUUUCGUGUAUUAAAGGUACAACAAGACGUUGCAAUAACCAGUGGAAUAUCGCUAGUUGUGGUGGUGAUGUUGACGCUGAUAUUUGUGAUCGUGGAAUUUAUUGGCCUGAAGAAUAUGAUCGGAUUUCAUUUCAUGAUAAUGUAAAUUCCUAUCAUCAUAGUGAUUAUUGUAAUAAUUAUGAUGAAAAUAAUACUGGUGGAAGUAAUGAAAGUAUUUUUAUCAAAUCUGAACCGUUAUUCUCUACUCCAGAAACACGCACAAAAUCUAUCUACAUUAAUAAAUACAAGAAAAAAAUGAAAAGUAGACGAAGAAAUUCGGUCAGUUUCGAUUUGUCGUCAACAUCAUUGUCUGACGAUUGUAAUUUAGUAACAGUUAGUCAAUCUUCUGAUUCCGAUCAACAUUGGUUUGGUUCUGGACGUAAUUUAUGGCUGCCAAAUACCAAUGGAAAUAAUCACUGUAUUCUUAAUGAUAAUAACAUUAGUAGUAUUAAUAAUAAUGUAUUUUGUACGGAUUCAAAUUGUACAACUUCAUCUCGUGAAAUUCUUGAUUCUCUUACUUUAUGCUCAAGUUGUAGCAGUUCAUGCAAUUAUUAUAGCGGCAACAACAACUAUUCUGAUCAUCAUCCUAAUUACCAUUGUACAAAUAAUAAUGAUAAUGUCGAUUCUCGGAAGACAUUAAUAACAAAUGUGACUUCUAGUUCAAUCCUUCUUCAUCAUCAUUCUAUAAAUACUAAAUCUGAAUCAAUUCAAUGUAAAAAUGGUAAUAGUCAUUCUGUUUCACCACUGUCUUCAAUUAACAAUAAUAUUAAUAAUGGUGAAACUAAUGCAGUCAGCAAUGCAAUUAGUAUUCAAUCAAAAAAUAACAGUACUUCACUGUCAAAUGUUUGUUUUGCCAGUUCUCCACGUGGUAAUACUGUUAUUACACAUCAUCCAGCCAGCCCUUUUGCACGUGUUCCUCGUGGUGUAGUUGGAAAAAAUGAAGUUCAUGUUAAAACCCCUACCCAGUCAAAAUCAUCGGUAUCCAUGUCUAAUGUCUGCAUAACUGCCACCGUUACCACCCAUACAACUACAUGCAUUGAUAAUUUUUCUACUAAUCAAAAUAUUCCUGUAACUAGUAUUUCUACAACAGAUGGUUCAUCUUGUGUUUCAACUGAACUUCAGUCAGAAUCUUCUGAUUGUUCUCUACAAAAUCAGUCUAGUCAUGUAAAUGGUGAUCAGCAGCCAAAUUCUAUUCCCAGUGAGCCGAAUCAAUUGAUAAACUUGUCUAAGACAAAUUCUGCAGAUUUACAAAAUUCAAUGAAUAACAAAGUAAAUAAUUCACAUGGAUUCGGUCGUAGACGUUCUAAUGUACCCAAUUCUUAUCCAACUUAUGAAGAAGCUUGGGAUUUAAAAUUAGCUCGUCAACUUGGUGUCGGUGUAUCACGUCUACCAUCAAUUAUUCCGCUAUCAUCAAAUAGUCAAAAUUACAUUCCACAACUUCCUUUUUCUAUGCCUUCCAAUACCUCUACAAAUAAUCAUGAUUUAAAUAUCCCAAUAUCUCCUGUUUCUGUUUACAAUAGAAAUAAAAUUAGAAAUAAUAAUUCAAAUUUCUCACCGUUGCAACCUUUGUCACUGGAUAAUAAUAUUAAUAAUAAUAGACAAUGUUCAACUGAUGAUUCUCACUCUAUUGAAUCUCAUUUGAAAUUGUUGAAUAUUUCAACAUCGACAUCCUCUUCGUCUUCUUCAUCUUCUUGUUCAAAUGAUAAACUCAUAAAUUCAACUAGUAAUUCUGAAUUAAUAUCAGUAAUGACCACUACUAAUCAUGUGGAUGCAUCAGAUCGUGCAGAUCAUGUGGUGGAUACAAGACUAGUACAUUUGGAUAAAUUGGAUCGAAAAUCAACUAAUGGUUCAUUUCGUCAUGAUGAACUAAUUAGUAAUAAUUCUAGUCAUAUGGUGUUAAGUGGAAAAACAGAAAACAACGGUGAAUAUGAUUACGCUUAUAAUGGUUCAUGGAGUAUGGGUAUCAAACUCAGUUUAGAUCUAGCCAUCAAUAAUUCAUCAAAUGAUACAUCUUUACUACCAAAUAUACCAAAAUAUAGUAAUGCAACAACAACACCUACAACAACAAUGAUUAAAACGGUGAAGUCAAGUUUAAAUCAUCCUCCACCUUCUUCACAUCAUCAACACCAUCCAAAUUACCAUCAUCAGCUUAUACAACAUGGUUUAUCUUCUUCUGGUCAGUUACAAGAGUCUAGUAAAUUCAUUUCAAUUAAAAAUACUAAUGGUAAUGAUUUAAAAUUGAAUUUGACUACUCGUCCUGUACAAUCAGUUUUAUCUAAUGAUCUCGAUAGCAUUUCUACAAGUAGUUGUGAUGAUUCUUGGGAUGCUCAACAUGGUCGAUUAGUUUCUAAAUUAAUGAGUGGACGUUUUAUAGAUCCUAGUACUAUUAUUUCAAGCACUGGUAAAUCUGGAAACGCAACAACUACAAUAAUGGAAGUGAAUAAUGAUUUCUUGACUUCUGAAACUUGUAAUUCUUCUGCAACAAAUAUGCUUACAGUUCCUAGCCUGUCGUCAACCUCCUCAUCAUGCACGUCUUCCUCCACCUCUUCGUCGUCAUCGUCAUCAUCAGUAUCGAUGGCCUCACAUGUAGUAAUAACGUCAGUUGCUCCCCCUUCUCAUUGUACCAGUUCUAUGACACAGGUGUUUGAUCACUUACCUUCAUCUAAUGUUAAUUUACAUCAUUCAAUGAAUUCAGUUAGUAAGAAUAAAUUGUUAUCUAGUCAAAAUAACCUGCCGAAGGGUUUGCCUCCUCAUUUGGAAACAUUGUCACUUGAAGAACAACCAUGGUUUCAUCCGUCAUUAACAAGAUCAGAAGCUGAAGAACUAAUACGGAAUGAACCAGAAGGUAGUUUUCUUGUUCGUCCUAGUGAAACAUGCCCUAAUGACUUUUCUCUAACUAUUAAACAUAAAUCCUUCUUACAUAUGAAAAUUACACGAAAUAGUACUGGUCAAUUUAUUCUAGGAGAAUAUAGUCAACCGUAUGCAAGUGUUUCACAAAUGAUUUAUCAUUAUGCACGAACACUUGUUCCAGUACUUGGUGCCUAUUCAGUUACACUGACACAUCCUGUAUGUAAACGUAGCUAACCAUUUUCUUAUUCUGUUGUUCAUUUCACUACUGCUGAAUCCUGAUACAAUGACACUGGCUACUCCGUCAGUUGUUCUUGCCUUUCGAUUUUUUGUCUGCUGCUCCUCCCAUCACUACUACCGCUUUAUUUGUUUAAGAGUUUAGUGCUAUGAGUCUUUUUUUCAUUUGCUUACUUCUCUUUUUUGGGUGCUGUGUUGUUCUUCCUUCUCUUCGCUGAUCCUCAGCUGAUUAUCGCGUUUUCUGUUUAUUUUCUUACUAUUCCAUAUCACAUCAGCUUUCCAUACUUGUUAGCGCCUGCUGAAUUGCGUUUAUUUAAUUUCUUCCCUCUAUUUUCGUUACAUAUUUAUUCUUCGUAUAAUAUGCAUUCGUGUAUGUCUGUGUGUAAGGUAAUAUAUACAUGUAUUUAGUGUAUUUUUUCUCUUUAUCUAUGUACAACUUUCCUUCAUCAUCAUCGUCUGCCUCUUCUGCCCACCGUACUGGGAAGUUGUUCAUCCAAUCAUGUUUACCUUUAUUAUUUCAUUUUUGCAAACUAUAACGUUGUCUUUCUGUAAACAUUUCAAGGAAAUGUCUGUUGUUCUGUUUCAUAUUUUGUUUUCUUUGGAGCUGACUCAUUCCCUGAGAAAAGUCAUAAUAAAGUUAGCAAAUAUUAUCUUCCUACAUAAUUCCAUCGCCUACAUACUCUUAUUGUGAUUACUACCUUAGUGCUAUAAUAACAUUCUCAGUUUUAGCUUCUUGCCUUAUUAAUUACCUUUAUUUUCUCUUUUUAUUUAAACAUGUCUACAAAAUGUAAUUUGUGUUCAAUUCUAAUUUUUCUCCCUUAUAUCAGUACAUUUCAUUUUCCUUCAACUAUAUCAGCACCAUUAACAAUUACUACUACUAUUAAUCAGUAAUAAGUAGCAUGAAUAGUUAUUCGCAAAACGUCUCACAUAUUUACCGUUUGAUGUUAUUCUUCAAAACUUCACAUAUAUAUUUUCUUUCAUCCCUUGAAAGAUUAUUAAGCUUUUUCUAUAACUUAUGUAUGGUUCAAAGCAAACUUCACCUUUAUUCUUCAAUUUAUACACCAUUCUAGGUGUUCUUGAGAGAGAUGAACACGAUUUACUUCUUUUUAUUCACUGAACAUAAUCUGUUGUUCCACAUUAUUUGACAGUAUUUAUUAUUACUAAACAGGUUCAAAAUUCAUCGCUGUUGCCAUUCAUAUACGAUUUAUCUUCUAUAUUAUACAGUAUCUAUCAUUAUAAUUGAAACUUAUUACGUUUAUUAUUAUUACUAUCGACUAUAUCAGAUUUUUUGGUAUUUUAAAUCUAUAAAUUGUGUUGAAUAGUCUUGGAUCAUUUG